AUGCGCGUGGAGACAGACCUGCGAGAGAUCCUGAACUCGACGCUGGACCAGCUGUCCCGGGACGUGCACGAGGCGACGGAGGAGACCUUGCAGAUGGAGACCGAGUACGGGGACUCCCUGCUCAAGGACAUGGUGUACGCCUGUGACUUCCUCCAGCCGCUGCUUAUCUGCAAGACGGCGCCCGUCCCCCCCGCUCCCGAGAAGCAGGAGAGCGUGGCGGAGGAGCUGGACCAGGAUCUCGGGUGCAAUGACGAGUUCACCAUGAAGGAACUGGCGGAGAAGGUGUUCCAGGACACAUUCAAUAGCUCAGACGUUGACCUGCACACAAAGCAUCCCAAAAAGAGGCCAGCCAAAUGCAGCGAGAUUAAGAAGCAUCCACCAAACCUGUCCACAAGUACACCUAGCAAGAUGCCCCUCAACUGUAAGAAGCUGGUAUCCAAGAUGGAGUUAAAUUCGAAACCAGCACACUGCAUGCCGGAACAACAUCAACAACAGCAAAAGCCUAAAUGCCAGCCUACACCACAGCACCACCAGCAGCCGCAGCAGCAGCAGCAGCAACAGCCGCAGCAGCAGCCUCAAUGCCGUAAGUUCUCGAAGCUGCUGCUCCUGGGCCGCUUCGAGGCGGUGGACUCGAUGAGUCUGCCGCCGCCGGCGCCCGGGUUCCCUCACACGAGUCCCCAGCAGUACCCAGGGCUCGUCACCAUGCAGCCUCAGACUGCCUCCUACGACCUCGGGUCGGGCCCCAAGCUGGACGUGCGAAUCACAUUCAGCCCGGACUGCUCCCAGCCUCCUCAACCCCAGCAGUGCCUCCAGGCUCCUCCCCAACACCAGCAGAGCCGCAACGCGUGUUCCAAUGCCAAGCAGUCUGCCCAUCAACCACUGUGCGCGCCUGCCCACCACGCGCCGGGCCACCACGGGCCUCUCCCCUUCCCAUGCAAGCCCCCUGCCGGCGGCUCUGCCCACGGGCUGGCGAAAGGCGCCCCCAGCGGCGGCAGCGGGCUGCGCAUCAAGAUGACCUCGUCCUCCAAGCUGUGCGUGAGCGGCGGCCAGCAGUCGGCGGAGAUGUGCCAGGCGGGCGAGAUGUCGAUGGAGAUGCCGCAGCACGGCAGGGGCACGGAGACCAAGUCCGUGCAGGUGCCGGACCACAGGAGACCCGCGACGCCCGGGGGCUCGCAGACCGGCUUCCACUUCACGCAGACGCAGCAGUUCAGCAUGGGCAACAUGGAGCAGCGUCUGGAGGCGGCCAAAACGCACCUCAAGUCCCAGUCGCAGCCCCACCAGUCGCAGCAACACCAGCCGCAGGUACGUCGGCCACGCGGCCUGCAGGAGCGAGGCAAGGUGGUGCCGGGGACGAGUCGGGGGUGCGGGAGAGGCGUCACGCUAGCCAACUGCUGAUGUUUUCGAUGCGACAUGCUCGACAACAGAACAGAAUUAAAUAAACAAACAAUAAAACUAAUUUCUUUAAAACCCA